CAACUGCUGAGGCAAACCUUAAAACUUGUCAAUAAAUCCAGUAGAGGGAGGAAUGGCAGAAGUAGGGGAAAUCCCAUACUCACGUCUUGUUGUACCUGCACUUCUCAUGGUUGGCUGGAUUGUGGGUUGUGUAUUAAUGGUUUACAUCGUCUUUUCUUGAUGAAGAAAAGAAGAUUUCACAAUGACAUUGAUUGGAAGAACCCAGAAGUUAAAUGGAAAUGUCUAGUCCUUACAACUUGUACAGUGCCUAUUUUAUUUUAAUACCACAAUGUAGGCAUGAUAUACACUUUCUAUCUACAACAUAGAUAUGAGGUUAGUUCAGAUACUUCUGAACUGAGUGGUAUUUGGAGUCCUGUGGUAGGUCAGGUAUUUGCCUACCCUCCAAACCACUAGUUCCUAGCCAUCUUGAAAAUCAGCCUCCUUGGAACUAAAAUGUCCAGAAUCCUUAUUUUUGGUGGUGACAAACAGUGCCAAAUGGAGCUGGUGACCUAGAUACACAAGUAAACUCUGUGGGAUGCAAGACACCUCGAAGCAGUACAUGGAUCAUCUUUAAUGUCUUGCGGUAGAAAGGAAAUACUAAAUUAAAUAAUAAAUUGUCGAAAAAUCCCCCUAACUCUGGAAUAAUGUUUACUCUCUAAAUAAAUUUUCCAAAACAAAAUUCUCUUUUCUCAUUUAAAAUGCAAUCACACCAACAUGGCUAUGUAUAAAUCCAUA